AUGUCAGACUACGAAGAAUUCAACGAUGAAAACGUACCUCCUGAUGAAAUUGAAACGGAUGUGGGUAUCACUCAGAUGGUAUUCUAUCACUACAGAACUCGUCAACCUCUUCAACAGCUUCUCCCGGCUGAAUUCGAAACAAACGAUAGAGAAUUCAAUAUGGGAAAUUUCUUAUGGGCAAUGAAUGAACCGAAUCAGGGAGUUAACAAUAUUUCGGAAGAAAGUGAUGUAGAAAGUUUUGUUGAUGAAAGUGAGGAGGAGGAUGAAGCUGAAAACGAUGAAAAUUUGCAAGUUCCAAUAGAGAAUAAUUGGGACCAGGAGAUGCAUCAGUUCAUUCGUCGUCUUUUGGAAGUAAAUCUCUUUAAAAUUUCUAAAAAACUGCAUAUUGGUUUUGUAGAAUUUUGGACAUGUCGAGGAAGAGGAGCCGCAGAAUAUGGAGCCGUAGAUAGGAAAGGCAGUGCAGAGUACCAUAUCUCUUACUUCGAUUCCACACUGUUUGGAUUUUCCUUAUUCCAAACGCUGUUUGCAGAUAUUGUAGAAUUCGGUUCUAGUUUUGUAUCAUUAUCGAGUUUUAACAGUGAACAUUGUACAAUCUCAAUUUUUCAAUCUUGCAGUCUCAAAUUUUUUUCCGAAUCUGAUUUUUGGUCCAGACUCUCAAAUCGAAAAAAAAAAAUAAUAACUGAUCAUGAAUUUUAA